AUGGCAACCUCCCGCCCCUCAUCUGUAGUGGGUAGCGAUGCAGGGUGCAAAUUAUCAUUCUUUCGCAAUGCAUCCAACAAAGCAUCUGCAUAUCAUGCGCAGACACCCUACCUCAGAAGGCUCCCAUUCGCGGCAAUCGCAAUCAUCAUCACCCUCGUCGCUGUAAACCUCCUUGUUUGGGCGGCAGUUGGUAUAGUCUUACACUGGCAUACGCCACUGAUCUCGACAGCAAUCCUCUCGUACACUCUGGGCUUGCGCCAUGCCCUGGAUGCAGAUCAUAUUUCGGCGAUCGAUCUCAUGACUCGCCGUCUGGUUGCUGCAGGCCAGCGGCCAGUGACGGUUGGAAUGUUCUUCAGUCUCGGACAUUCUACCAUCGUCAUCAUCACGUCGCUCCUCGUUGCAGGAACUGCAGCGGCGGUGUCAGACAAGUUUGACAAUUUCGAGCGUGUCGGUGGCAUUAUCGGCACUUCAGUCUCUGCUGCUUUCUUGUUGCUCCUUGGUCUUAUGAACAUCUACAUUCUGUACAAGCUCAUAGUACAGAUGCGAAAGAUGGUUUCGAGCGACCCUGGUAGUGAGCACGAACAGUUCAAGAUACAGGGCGGCGGUUGCCUCUUCCCGAUAUUGCAGAAGCUCUUCAAGUUGGUCGACCGACCCUGGAAGAUGUAUCCUCUGGGUGUACUUUUCGGGCUAGGUUUCGACACUUCUUCCGAGAUCGCUAUCCUAGGAAUAAGUUCGAUUCAAGCCACGAAGGGGACAUCAAUUUGGCUGAUCUUGAUCUUUCCACUGCUCUUCACAGCAGGCAUGUGCCUUCUCGAUACCACCGAUGGUGCGCUGAUGAUGAGUCUGUACACAAGCACGCAACUUGCGCGCGACCCGAUCGCCAUUUGCUACUACAGCAUUGUGCUAACAGUCAUUACCGUGGUUGUCGCGACCAUCAUCGGGACAGUGCAGUUCCUCAAUCUGGUGCUCAACGUUGCCGAGCCGCACGGCAAGUUUUGGGAAGGCGUCGAAAAGCUGGGCGAUGCUUGGGAUAUAGUUGGCGGAGCUAUAUGCGGUACAUUUAUCGUUUUCGGUGGUCUCAGUGUUCUGCUGUACAAGCCUUGGAGACGUCGCAUCGAUAGGAAAAGAGUCAACAAUGCGCACUUUGAGCCAUUACCCCAGGAAAAUGAUGUGCCCGGCUCCGACGAAGAGCACAACCGAGGGAUCGUCCCAUCGAGUACGACACAGACAAAAGCGGUGGAGGUGAACAUCGAGCCAGUAGAAGCCAUAGGCGCUGGUCCUGCACGUUGUUGA